AAUGGAAUCGAAAGAAAAAAUCCUCUCUUGCUUGAAUAUCCUUAAAAGAUUACCACCAACUCAAAUCUAGAAGAAUGCUACAGCACUAGCAUCAUUGAUUCCAGAUUAUGCAGAAGAAUUAUAUUAGAAAAUAGACAAACCAUUAGGUAUGACAACAAAUGAAAAAAUUUAGAUAUUGGAUAAGAUGAAAAAGGCAAUCAAUUUAUAUAAUCUGAAUUCAAUAGAGAUGGAGAUUCAUUUAGAUCUCAUUUAACAAAUUAAUAUUAUCCCUCAAUUGAUGACGCAGUUUAUCCUUCAGAAGCAUUACGUAAAUUAGAGCUCAAAGCAAAUGCCGUAUUUGAAGAAUAUAGAAGAUUGUAUAUAUAUAUUAUAUAUUUUAUAGAUAUUAUGAAGGAGGAUUGUCAUCAUGUUACUUUUGGGAUAAAGAGGAUGGUGGAUUUGCUACAGCUUGGUUGAUUAGAAAAAAUGUAGAAAAGAGUAAGGGAAUAGAGGAUGGAUCAUGGAGUUCAAUUAAUGUAAUUGAUAUUAAGACAGAUGGAAAAUCUAAGUGGACUUAUAAGAUAACUACAUCAGUUGUUUUGGAAAUGAAUAUAAUCUAAAAUCAAGAUGUUGGCAAAUUCAAUAUAACAGGAACAUUAACUAAAUAAGUACUUAUUAUCAUUUAUUUGAUUUAGAAAGAAGAAUCUUAUGAGGCUCCAGCAGGUAAUAAAGAUUUAGAGUUGUUCCAUAUUAUGAAAAUUGGAACUUUAGUUGAAGAUGUAGAAAGUUACCUACGUUCUUAAUUAGAUAGUGUUUAUUUUGGCAAAACCAAAGAUGUAAUCUCUUUAUUUAACUAUUUUAAUAGAUAGUGUUCUAAACACGAUUCAAUGAAGGAGAAAAGCAUUUCAUAUAAUAAAGAUAAGGAUUGGCAGGUGAAUUUAAAUAGAAAUAUGGAUGAU